AUGGCCGGCGACACAGUACCCUCGAUCCAUCAGUUGGAGAAGCCCGAGAACGUGCAUGAGAUGCUGCGCAAAGACCGGCAGGAAGAUUGUCUGUCUUGCAAAGUGGUCGGAAGCGGCGCAUUCUUUGGUCUCGCGGGCUAUAGCUACUUUUCCGGCAUGUCGCAGCUCGAGCGACAGCAGAAGGCCAUCCUCCAGAGCAAGUCCAUGUUUGGCAUGCGCAGUCGCAAGGCCGGCAUCGUUGGCAUAUCUCUCGGCCUUGCAUACAUGGGAUUUUGGAGAGCUUUUUUUUAG